AUUGCGUUUUACUAUAAUCGCAAUGUGUAUGCUUGGUGUACACGUUGCUGUUGAUCGCAAUAGAAUGAAAUGCUAUACUAUUUUAGUCCGCGUACCAAAAAUGAAUAGAGUAAACUAAGUCACUCGUCAGUGAUAGAAGCUUACAAUAUUUUCUUGAUAUUUUGAAACGAUUUAAAAUACGUGUAAAUAUUUUAAAAGUUCCGAAAAUUAAUUGUCGAGAUCGUAUUUACAAAGCCGUAGGCAUCCUAAAAGCAAAUAAAAGAUGGAUGUAACAGAAGCAUGGAAUAUAAUAAGGGUAAAGAUAAUUGGAAAUAACGAUCAAGAUUUUGUUAAUGAUUUCAAAAUGCAAUGCACAGAUGAAGAACGUAUAAUAUUUAUCCUUAAUGUUAUGUUAAAAUAUAAUAUUAUUCCUAGCAUGUAUCAUGAUACAAAGAAUGCAAAGGAAUCUGAGAAAUUGAGGGAAUGUGGUAAUAAAAUAUUUCUUUCCAUGCCAUUGACAAGUACCUCUUGCAUGGAAACACUAAGACUGUAUACCGAAAGUAUAGCUUAUGCACCUUAUCCUUCUGAACAGCUUGCUCUGGCUUAUGCAAAUAGAUCAGCAGUUUUAAUAAAAUUACAUAAAUAUGAAGAGUGCAUUUGCGAUAUAGAUAGAGCAUUGGCAUUAACGUACCCAGACAAGUUAAGAGCAAAAAUUUAUGUAAGACAAAUUGAUUGUUUCGAGGCUCUGAAUCAUCCCAGAAUGGAAUUUGCUAUAGACGAAGCACAACAGUGGUUGAACAAAAUGUCUUUGGACAAUGUUAAUUGUAAAAACUUAGAUGACAAACUUGCUUCUAUAAAAAAGAUGCCAAAAACAUGUAACACGAACAAACAAAGUAAUAAAAAACAUAGAAUUAAACCUCCUCUUCCUACAAUAAAGACUUGCAAUGCUAAAUUUCCUUGUGCCUCCGAUGCAUUAACUAUGAAGUACAAUGAACAAUAUGGUAGACACAUUGUGGCUACCAAAAAAAUAGAACCUAAUGAAAUACUAGUUGUAGAAAAGCCUUAUUCGUUACUUUUAAAUCCUGAAAAUAUGUACACGCAUUGCUCAAAUUGCUUAGAAGUAUGUUGGGCUAAUAUACCAUGCGACUAUUGUACUUGCUCUAUGUAUUGCUCGGAAGAAUGUAAGAUCACAAGUUGGCAAAAAUAUCAUGACAUAGAAUGCUCUGUGUUUCCUUCUAUGUUGAAGAUGAAUUAUAGCACGUCACAGUUAUUUAGCUUAAGGAUUGCUAUACAGGCUGUGAGAGAAAGUUCGAGUAUACAGGCAUUAAAAGAAGAAUUGAAAGAAGUCGACGGUUGCAAUGAUCCAUUUAUGAAAGGUUUCUCUAAGAAUGGUGUUCUUAUGGGCAAUAAAUAUAGAUGUUUACUAGCUUUCGACACUCAUGCGAAAGAUACGGAAGACCGUUUGUUUAUCAGAUCCCUGAAUGCUAGUUUUAUUUUAUACACCUUGGCGACGUGUACCAACAUGUUUGGGAAUCCCUUGAAGAAAGAUAUAGCCGAGUUGCUGAAAAUUAACGACGUCACAUUUGUCGGCGGCCUCAUAUUAAGGAACCAACGGUUGAUUCCCUGUAACAGACACGGCUUCACGGAACUGCAGCUUUGUAGAAUGCUCCCAUUUUCACGUGGUAGUGCAAUGAUGCCGUUUCUUACUUUAUUUAAUCACAGCUGCGAUCCAAACGUAGCCAGACAUUCGAGGUCUGGACAUAUGAUUAUGUCUGCCCUAUACCCUAUUGAAAAAGGCGAGCAGAUAUUCGAUAGUUAUAGCCAGCUCUACUCGUAUAUACCAAAAGCUAUACGACAGAAAGAUCUACUAAAGAAAUAUUUUUUCAAAUGCAAUUGUUUACCAUGCCAGGAAAAUUGGCCCCUAUUUAACGAUCUAAAAUCGGUUAUUAAUUUCGGCAUCAAAAAGGAUGUUUUCUAUGACGUCGUAAAACUGUUAAAGAAAUGCAACACGUACAAAGAGAAUGCUAAAAAAGGAAUAAUUUUUGAUAAAUCUGAUAUUGUAGAUGAUGCGAUAAGAAUGAUUAAACUUUUCUAUUACCAGACACCAAAGCCCUGCUUGGAAUUGACGCAACUGAUAGAAGAGUUGAAAUCCAUCGUCUAUUUAACCGGGAACAAGUUCGAAAUUCCCAGAUUAUAA